AUGUAUUUCAAGAAGAAUCGGGUCAUCGCAGCAUCGGGUUGGGUCCGAAAUCCGAAACCUCGAAACCUCCAAAAAAUUGCCAAAACGCCUUCAACCCUGAAAUUUUUGCCCCUCCGCUGCUUCUCUCCACGCCCUCGACCGCUUCUUCCAACCCUCACACGAAGACCUUGUCCUUUUCAUUCCUCAAAGAGUACGCAAUACCCCGUUCUCCCCUGGGAUCCUGCUCUAGAUACAUCCGCGACAAUGGCCAACCCACGACAGAGACGGAAAGCCCGCUCCGGGUCCUCCAUGAAGCCCUCGCUGAACGCCAAAAAGCAGAUGAAGAAAAAACUCUCGCGCGCUCCCACCAUCCACGGCGCCGACGUGCUCAAGGACAACUACGAUCCCAAACUCACCUUGCGACAGAACUACGCUCGACUCGGUCUCAUCCCUUCGCUCGACGUGAGACCCGACACUGGUGGUGUCGAACGCAUCCCGUCUUCCUCCUCUACCUCGGCGGAAAACGGUGCGGUGGUCAGAAAGGGUAUGGCCAGAGUUGUCCGAGAUGAAGCCGGAAACAUCGUCGACAUCCUCGAACCGGAAGACGAUCAGGACGAAGAGACGGCGUGGGGAAAACCCAUGUCUUCCAGCAUCGCAGACCGCGACGACGUCGAAACCUACAUGCCCCCUACCACCAUUCCCCGAAAAGGUGGCAACAAGACGGUGGAGGCGCUGGAAGAGAUGGCGAGCAAAGCAGCUCCCGUAAAGCGACACUCGAGUCAGCUGGAAUCCCAAUGGCUGGUAGAUCUCGUACGCAAGUAUGGAGAGGAUACAGAGGGUAUGGCGAGGGAUAGGAAGUUGAACCCGUGGCAAAAGACGGAGGGGGAGAUCAAGCGGGCGAUCAAGAAAGCAGGUGGGGUUGAGGCGUUGAGAGGCUCGGAGUAG